AUGGAAAACACUUCUACGGCUAAUAUAAGCAAAGUGAAUGAUCUUGUCUUAGCAACGGUUCCUAUUUCAAGACCAGAAGGCAUAGCAUGGUGCAUUUCACUUUCUUUUCUUUCUAUUUUUAUUGUCGUUGGAAACCUUCUCAUAAUAAUUCUCUUUGCAGUUAACAAAAGAGUUCGGAAAAAAAGCUUGUAUUUUGUGAUCAAUAUGGCUUCCGCUGAUCUGAUGUUAGGAACUUUGGGUCUUCCACUUUAUGUUAAAUUUCUUAUCAGCACUGAUUACUAUCGACUUUCCACACCAAAGAUGAAUUGGACUUUGGUCUAUGUGUUUAGGAGUUCGUACAAACUCCUGUUGUUUGUGUCACUUACGUCUGCGGCUUUGAUAUCCUAUGAGAGGUUUUACGCCUUACAUUUCCCGUUCAAACACAGAACAAAAACAACGAAGGGAUACAACACUGUCAUUUUUAUAAUAUGGACAUUUGGUCUACUAUGGGAAAUCGGCUCCGCCUUCCAAUCAUUCGAGUCUUUGGCGAGGUAUAUUUCUUCAUCAUACGGUGCUAUUUUCACAGUCAUCAUUUGCGGGUGCAACUUUGCCAUUUGGAGAAAGUUUAAACACGAGAGCGUCGCAUCAAAACACAAAAACAGAGAAGCGCAAAAUAUGCGAUUGACAAAAACUUUAAUGUUUGCUUCUAUUCUUACUUUGCUUUGCUGGCUGCCCUUGAUUAUUGUGAUAUUUUUACGAGGUGAAAGAGUAGGUAGAUAUCACAUUAUUGCCGUCUUCCUUAAUAGUUGCAAUUCAUUUGUAAAUCCAGUUUUGUAUGCAAUGAGAAUUCCAGAGUUUCGACGUGCGUUAGCUCUAUGCUGUAUUAAACGACGAGCCGAGAUGAACGAGACAAAUUUUGCAGUUCGAAGGAACAUGGCAGCCAUUCCAAAGGGGGAAACGUCACUCCAAACAAUUCACACUGAUUUCGGUAACCUUCACCGCAAGUUUAAUGAAAGCGUAAUGGAUACCAAAAUGUAGUGACUCUUGGUAUGAAACCGAUAAAAGUUUGAGCCUGACCUAAAGGUGAAGUGACGAUUGCGUAAUAAAUAUUUUUUAUGCUGUAAAUGACAAUAAUAAGUACAUAAAUAUAUAAAACACUACACAGCAUUAAGUAAAAUGGUGAACUUUGCCGUAAUCAUCACCAUAUCAGUUUCCAUUUUUGUAGUUAGCACACUGUAUUUUGCUCUAUCCACUACAUGACAGACACACAACAGAGCGAGGUUCCAAAUUAAGUGUUUGCCCUUAAGAGAGCAAUGUCAGAGUAAAGUGUCUUGCUCAAGAACACAACGCAUUGUCCCGGCCAGGUCUCGAACUCAAGCCUCUCGACGCGGUGUCUAGUGCACUGACCAUUAGGCCACUAAGAAAUUAGAAAAAAAUUGAGAUGACUGACUCGCAUGGUCUUCAAGGAAAGCUUCUUUUGCUUCUCUUACGAGCCUUUUGGAAUCAGCGUCCAAUUCAUGAACAUCUGGUGAUAUUUGUUGUUAAAAGGAGACCUUAAUAAUUUCUGUUGGAGAUAAAUAUUACCAUUGCCUUUUUCGGUGUUUAAUCAUGAAUGAAAUUGAGCUUAGAUUGGUCUUCAUUUUUAAGCUUCACUUUGACAUGCAGAGAAGUAAUUUUAAACAAAUUACUUUGAUUCUUGACAUCUGUAGCAUUAACAACUGUGCAGCUUUUUCUUAGAUAAAGUUCAAAUUGAAAGUUGUUCACAGCAACAACAAAAAAAAAGUACUUAACUCUUUCACAGCUUGGCCCGCCGACUCUACAGGCGAAAAAUAAGUUUGGGACAGAAGGUGCUGUAUAGUGCUCUGUUUAUCGUUAACUCUUUUUGCUUUCUCGGUAGGAAAAUUUAUGAUUAGUACCUAUUUCCCUUUGUGGUAGCCGACGAUGAGUAUUUUUUUUCUCCCCAUUUUCCAGCGCUAUCAAUUCGUAAUCUACGGCCUGGAAAACAAAGCACGCGGUAAAUAUCAUGCAUGAGUGUGAAUAAUGAAAUCUUUUUUUCUGCAAGCGUAAUGUAGUUUCUGAAAUAAUAUGUUUGCAUUCAAAGUAUCUCUUUCCAGCUUGCAUUUACAUCACUCAAAUUAAGACCAAUUCACGCUCAAUUUAAACUAAAACUAGCUGUGCUAAACUGAAAGAGCUUUCGACUCAGUCUUCAUAGCUGAAAAAGUCUCGUACAAGAUGGCCGCGAUGGAAAACACAUCUUCGGCAAAUAUGAGUAAAGAAGUUGAAAUUACUUCGCCAACGAACACCCUUUCGAGGUCAGAGGGCAUUGCAUGGAGUAGUGUGUUUUUCUUGUUUUCAUUCUUUAUCGUCGUCGGAAAUCUCCUCACAAUUGUUCUCUUCGCAGCUAAUAAGAGAGCUCGUAAAAAAAGUUUGUUUCUUGUAAUUAACAUGGCCUUUGCCGAUCUGCUGUUAGGAGCUUUUACUCUCCCUAUGUACAUUUACAUUACCAUCAAGAUUGGUUAUCAGCUUUCGAUGACAAAUGUGAAUUGGAAGUUGACUGAAGUCUAUCAGAUCUCUCACAACAUUUAAUUAGGGGUUUCACUUAUAUCUGCAGCUUUCAUAUCAUGUGAGAGGUUUUACGCCAUAUAUUGGCCAUUCAGACACCGAAGAGUAACAGUUCGAACGUACCACAUUUUCAUUUUUCUUUUGUGGACGUUAACAAUUACAGUGACUGCUAUUAAAGACGUUUAUUCAAAAUCAAAUUUCAUGAGGUAUCUUAUGUCAUCAUACAUCUUUACUGUAACAUGCAUCAUCUGUGGAUGCAACAUCGCCAUUUGGAGAAAAUUUCAACACGGAGACGUCAUUUCACAACAGAAAAAUAGAUAA